AUGCCAACACAGACCAGCGAGCUACCCACAGCGGAGCCCACAAACUGUGGAGAAUCCGGCAACUUCACCCUCUCGUUUGAUGACACUACGGUCGGGCCGAACGAGAGCAACUUGCUGGCCGUCCAGGGCAUGAAGAAUCCGUACCACCACCUUUUUUACGCCAACGGGUUCACGUAUGUUCCUGACAAGUGGGAGCCGUACCCUUCGAAGUCACAGCCUAACGUUGCCAUGUUCCUACCUCUUAGCGGACGGCUCUUGCCAAAUUCACCUUUUGCAGGCACGCUGCUGCCUGGGGAGAUUGGAGCAGGCCCGAGGGCGUCGGUGACGGCGUACUGGUUCAACGCAUACUCUGGGUUCUUUGGGUGUGCGCUCAGCGGCGUCGCACCCUGCAGGCUGCGGAUCUCGGGGUACAGGUACGACGCGGUGUUGAAGCAGGAGGUGCUCGUGGCUGAACAGAAUGUGACGCUGCCGGCGUGCUGGGGGUACAUCAACUGCCGACUCACGGAGGUUUUGUUUGACGAGCAGUUCAGAGCGCUUUCGGGGAUCCAGUUCAACGCGUUCACGUACGGUCUGGGGAUUCCGCAGGUGCACAUGAUGGACGACUUGCAUAUGGAGUGGUAUAAUAGUAGUUGUUCGGCGGGGAUUUUGAGGAUUGGCCACCUCUGA